AUGCCUUUCGGCGAAUUCCUGGCUGCAGGCGACCAUGAGGUGGGGGUCCUCAUCGAGCUGCAGGUGAUUUUCCUCACACUCGCCAGCCAACACUGCCAUUUCACAUUCCGCGGCGCGGCUGCAAACACAUGUGAUCUUGGAAACCUAGCCAUGGCUCCGUACGAUUACGAGCUGCCGUUUGGAGUAUGA